CUAAUUUUUUUUUUUUUCAAGGAAAACAAUUUUACCUACCUUUUUCUCCAGUCAAAGGAAGCACUUAUUGAGUUUUCAUUUUAUUACGAAAAAAGUUAAAAAGAUAAGAACAGAAAGAGAAACAUAAGUGUGAGCAAGAAAACAAGAACAAAACAAUCUUCUUAUUUAAUGGCCAUAGUUCCUGACCCUGAAUCCAGACAGACUGAGGGUUAUCGUGUCCAGAAAUGCGAGCCCGCCGCCAACUCUAGUUUCCCCUUCCGCUCACCUUUUAAUAAUUCACUAGUAACAACACAAGCCAUCAGACCUUCCGCAGUACAUUGAACUCUCCCCCUCCUCUACCCUCCCCCUUUUCUCCACUUUACAUCGCACCCCUGUGACCCCCCUUCCCCUCCCUAUUGUCCACCUUCCCCCUCCCCGGCUCGCACAACUGUUUGUUUACGUUCGCGGAAAUCGUUCGUAUACGCACAUUCGCCCGCGAGAGGAUUCGGCGGAUCGAGCGACGGACUUGUGCUCUGGCGCGGCGAGGAACUAACCACAGCCGCCGGGGAGAGACGCUGAAGCCACGUGCACCUUACAGUGUUUUGAUGGACCGUAAAUCUCAUGGCAUCAAGCAAGACCCCGCGGCGGAACCUCGCCUUUCCGGGCCGCAGCCGCGCUGAGUCAUCGAGCCCAGACGGCCAAGAGAGAGGCAGACGAAGCGCGGGUGCCAUGACACACGCCACGUGGGGAACGGCCAGCGAGAGGCUAUGAACAGCCGCCAGAUGAUCGAACUCACUGAAUGUCUUCUGUAACUUUCCUGAAUAAAGAGUCUUAUUAAGAAUAUAAAGGAUUUACGAGUACCUCUGAAGGCGAAGAGCCAAAAGUCUUCCUUGCACGUGUCUUCCAAAGGACUCCAACAUGACCUCCCUCCUCGGGCGCCCCGGCGAUAGGCGAUCCCGGGUGUCUUCGCGCCUGAUGGAGAAGUACGAGAAGCUGAGCAAGAUCGGAGAGGGCUCGUACGGCGUCGUCUACAAAUGCCGCAACCGGGAGACGGGGCAGCUGGUCGCCAUCAAGAAGUUCGUCGAGUCUGAGGACGACCCCCUCAUCAAGAAGAUCGCUCUCAGGGAGAUACGCAUGCUCAAGCAACUGAAGCAUCCCAACCUCAUCAAUCUCAUCGAGGUGUUCAGGAGGAAGAGGAAGCUCCACCUCGUCUUCGAAUUCUGCGACCACACCGUCCUCAACGAGCUGGAGAAGCACCCCAAAGGGUGUCCCGAGCACAAGACGAAGCGCAUAAUCUACCAGCUGGUCCAAGCCGUCAAGUUCUGCCACGCCGCCUCGUGCAUCCACAGGGACGUCAAACCAGAGAACAUCCUUUUGACCAAAGAAGAUGUGGUCAAACUGUGUGACUUCGGCUUCGCGAGAAUGCUCAGUCCGGGCGAGAACUACACCGACUACGUGGCGACUCGCUGGUACCGUGCCCCCGAGCUCCUGGUGGGGGACACGCAGUACGGGCCGCCAGUCGACGUGUGGGCCAUCGGCUGCGUCAUGGCAGAGCUCGUGCGGGGAGAGGCGCUCUGGCCGGGCAAGUCGGAUGUCGAUCAGCUGUACCUCAUCAGGAAGACUCUAGGUGAUCUGCUCCCGCAACACAUGCAGAUUUUCCGGAACAAUGAGUUUUUCCGCGGCAUGAGUGUGCCCGAACCGGAUACCAGGGAGUCCAUCGAUGCCAAGAUGCCCCGAGACUACCCGCCGGAAGGACUCGACUUUAUCAAGAAAUGCAUUGACCGCGACCCAGCCAAGAGAUGGACGUGCGAACAGCUGCUGACUCACGACUACUUCAAGGGCUAUUCCUUCAAGCUCCCGGACCACGAGUUGGAGGAGUUCGAGAGAAUUCGGAGGGUGAGUAUGGCGAACUCGAGUGUGUCGGGCUCCAUGCUGUUCCCGCAGCUGGCCGGCAGCACGCCCGCGGGCGGCGGCUCGCUGUCGACGGCGUCGUCGCCCGACAUGCGCCACCCGCACAACAGAGGCUCGCGCAACUUCGACCAUCUGCCCACCAUCUGACAGAAUGGCCUCGGGCUCUACCAGCCUCCAGCCCUGCCGCCCAACGUGGUGCCGACGCCCACGCCCCCGCUGGAUCCCAAGGCUCCGAACGGCGUGGGCGCGCGGGGGAUCCCGAGGGCCGCAGCCUUCAGCCCGCCCAUGACGCUGGGGGCGCGCCAGCCCCCGCCCGUGCUGGACACUGCAGACCUCUACGCCAUACUGUACCGCAAAUACAAUUCAUCUUAGGUUUUGAGUGUGUUAAAUAAAAAUAUAUACAUAUCUAUACAUAACUUGACCAAAAGAACCUCUGAAGUAGCAGUAACCAAUCACACGUCUGACGAAGCGGCGGCGCCGCGCCGAAGGACUGGGGAGGCGCGCCUGCCUCGGCCGGAGCGGCGCCCCGCAGCCCGGGAGAGCACGAGUGUCGAGGACUGAGCAACUGGAAGACCCGAGGACUGGCCUGACUCGCUGCCUAAUGUCGCUUGCAUUAGGGAACCUGUUUGAGUUGACGCCAACGCUUUCCUUUGGACUCUGUGGAGGUUCUCCGUUUUUAGCGUCCUUAUGAAAUAGAUUUGCCUGUUUAACUGCAGCGAUGUACCUUUAGGUGAUCACAAUUAGUUAGUGAUAAGGUGAGAUUUUAUUAGAUGUUUUAUUUGAAAACGGGAGAGACAAAAAGGGAAAUGAUGUAAUUCCUGUACAUAAGAAAAUGACCGUCCAAGUCUGUGAUCUGAGAGCUCUACCGCUUCUCAUAGUCUAGGAAAUUGCCUGUAUUAACUUUUGAUUUUAUUUUCCUCCAGUGUGUAUGUAGAUAGACUUCAAAACAUGCCACAUAAACAUAUAUUCCAAACUUUUUUUCCUUCUUUCUUAUAUGUAUGAUAAUAGGUACAAAAUGUAAGAAAAUAAAGGUGAAUUUUCGAGGAAAAAUAAGAUGAGAAAAAAUAAUUUAGCGAUCUAUUCAUCGUUAAUUAUUAUUAUUAUCAUUAUUAUUAAUAUUUUAAUUCACUCUUUCUCCACGUGUCACUACGGGUCAAAAUAGAUAACUAGUUUAACGGCCGAUGGAGGUCAUUUUGAAAAUCACCUUUAAAGAACAAGAACAACAAAGCAAACAAAAAAGGAAACUGGCCUUUGAAACGACUCUAUAAAUAGAGGAAUCAUAUGCAUGUUCAAGGUUUUGUUAUCCCACACCUAAAUAUAUAUAUACAUAUAUAUAUAUAUAUAUAUAUAUAUAUAUAUAUAUAUAUAUAUAUAUUAUAUAUAUCAUAUUUUUUUAUUUAUAUUUUUUAUUUAUUUAUAUUUUCUUUUCUUCUUUUUCAUCAGACCCUAAAGUCUGGGAUCGGAAGCUCUUUACUGAAAGACGUCAGUCGUCUUUUAUUUUCUUCUUCAUCACCUGCUGCGAUUUUAAGUCCUGUUUUGUGGUAUUUGUGUCGUCUUGUUAUAGAUGUUGUCUAUGAAUGAAUGUAUAUUUUCUGUAGAACGAGGGUGUAUGUGUAAAAAGUUUAUUUAGGGAAAAAAUCACAAUCAGUCACUUUUUUCGUUUCAUUUUACAGUUCCAUAAAUCUAUUUGUCCAUAUUUUUUCGUCAGAGGAGUAAAUAUCUAGAGAGACUUAGUAAUAUCAUCAUUUACUUGUGAAAUAUGUAGACGGAUAUAAAUACAUAUAUGUUUGAUAUACUGUUAGAUAUUAUAUAUGAUUACGCAAAUGUAAUGGCUCAGUAUUGAAAUAUAUACUUUGGCUUUAAAAAAUCAGUUAAACAAAAUGCUGCAUAUUUUUCCAACCAUAUUUUGAAUGAAAUAUAAAUUUCGUUGCUCACUUAUUACAAUACUCCUUUCUAUUAUAUACAUUUCUAAUUUCGAAUGCGUUACUCAAAAACUUGAAAGUACAGGCCAAUGACAGAUAUUCUUUACUGGGUUUUUAAUGAUUAUUCUUAUUACUAUUAUGAUUACUGUCCAUUUUUUUUAUUACUAAACCAGCUUGCGAUUGCCAACAUGUUCUUUGAAAGUCCGAUCAUCAGUAUAAUAAAGUUGCUUGUGGAUGCUUGUAUAAAACUGUUAAGUAGGCGUUAUGUUUGACAGCUGUGUAUCAACCAUGGAAGGUUUUUUUUUGUUUUGUUUUGUUUUUGUUUACAUGACCAGUUCUCUCUUGCCACUUUUGUUAGGGUUCUUUUCUUUUUAUGGGGGGUUUGCAAAUAUUUUUGUGGCUUGGUUUGCUGAUCUGUACGUAUAUAUGUGUAGAAACAUAUGAAUAGAACUCAAUGUUUAUACAAACAAACAUGUACUGUAUAAGUACACACACACACACACACACAUACAAACACACACACACACAUACAAACACACACACACACACACACAAAUACACACACACAAACACACACAC